UCUCCCAGCCACCCUCUCACCAGCCCACCCUCUCCCAUCGCCCAGACCUCACUCCUCUCUCGCAUUCACAAGGAACCGCGUGGACUCUCUCCUCUCUCAGUCACUCUCCCGCCGCAGCUGCCACACCCUUUCUCUCCCAGCCUUAGGGCGUCUUGCAAGGCGUGUCCCUCCCCUCCUUCCCCACCAUGGAGGAUCCCCUGGCGAUAACUACAGUGAACGGCGACCAAGGGAUGAAUGAAGAUCAGCUUAUACCCAUUGAAGACGACCCAAUCUUACUCAUGAAGGAUAAACCAGUGAGGGAUGGCGGGGACGUGAGUGAGGACCAAAAGUCAGCGGUGGAUGACGGUCAAGUAAUCGCUCCUGUGGGUGUGGGCGAUGCAAAGAACCGUGGAUUGGUUGACGCAGACUUAAAGGGUGAUCAGAAGAGCGUGCCAGUCACCGCUACGACCGCCAGCGAGCACGUAUCAGCCCUCAGCGAGGACUUGUGUUCAGCGCUUGGUGGCCUCCGCAUCACUGUAGAGAACUCAGAACAGUCCCCACUUCAGGAUAAGACAGAGGACACGCAAAGCCAAGUAGAGGAAAACCAACAGUCCCCACUUCAGGAUAAGACAGAGGACACGCAAAGCCAAGUAGAGGAAAACCAAGUUGGUGAUGCUGAGACACAAGCAGAGGAGGUCGUAGCAGCAAACCUUGAGGAUCUUCAGAAGGACCUAGGUGGGCCCCUCACGCCUUCAGGCAAAGACGAGGAGCUGACGAAGGACGUGGAAGAAGCGACCAAGGAGGAGAACCCGCAGGAAGAGAAGCAGGUGGUAAACAUUGAGGAGAAACAAGACAUAGAAGUGAAUUAUGAUGAUUACGUGGAAAAUGCAGACAGUGGGAGCACGCAGGUGACAGUGACGGAAAAUCUGGUGGUGGAACACGUGAACAUUGAACUCAGAGAACAGGUGGAAGUGGAGCAAGUGAUAACAGUGAAGGAACUUGAUAAGGAUGGAGUGAAUGACACGGAAACGAACCAGAGCGCGGAGGUGAUAACGGGAGAUAACCUAACAGAAGUGAAGCACAGUGAAGACGACACACAAUCAGACCAAACGAAAACGGAAGACGUGGAAACUGAUAGGAUAGAAAACGAGACAAACAUGGAAACUCAAAAAAACGAGGAAGUGACUGACCAAACCAUAAAAAAAGACGAACUAAGCAUUAAGGAACAGGAAAGCGCCCACGUACCAGAACUAAAGAACCACAAGAACAAUACGGGGGAAGAGGAGCAUGACGAAGAGGAAGUGCAGACGGGAGGGAGAAAAGAAAACGGAGAUGAAGCGGACGAAAACAGUGACGAGGAGGGACCUGCGCUGCCUACCUCACCUCCGCCCUUACAGCAGACAUCUCCUGAACUCCGUGGCCGCCCCUCGUCAGCUGGACUAGGCAAGGACCGCACCAGCUGGCUCUACGCGCACAUGCUGAAUGAGACACAGAGCGACGACGAGGACGAGACAGAGAAAACGGAGCAGGAGGCAGAGAAAGUUGAUAAAGACGCAGAGGAGAAAGAUGAUUCCGCUGAACAGGAGAUCAAGAAAGAUGAGGAAGUGAAGGAGGAAAUUAAGAAGGAGGAGGAGGUAACGGGGAAUACAAAGACAGGAGAAGAAGAAACGGAAGAAGAAAAGAAAGAUGAAGAAAAAGAAGAGGCAAAGGAAGAUAAGGUAACGGAAGAAACGAAGGAAGAGGAAGUAAAGGAGACAGAGAAGAAAGAGGAGGUGGAAGAGGAGCCGGAGAAAGAAGAGGCGGUGAAAGAAAAGACAGAGAAGGAAGAUGAAGUGAAGGAAGAGGAGGCAAAAGAGAAAACAGAGGAGGAAGAGGAAGUGAAAGAGAUAGAGAAGGAAGAGAAAGUAGAGGAAGUAAAGGAGGAGACAGAGAAGGAAGAGGAAGUGAAAGAAGAGAAACAGAAUGAAGAUAAAUUGAAAGAAGAGGCAGAGAAAGCAGGUGAAGUGAAGGAAACAGAGAAAGAAGAGAAGCAGAAUGAAGAUAAAUUGAAAGAAGAGGCAGAGAAAGCAGGCGAAGUGAAGGAAACAGAGAAAGAAGAUGAAACGAAGGAAACAGAGAAGGAAGAUCAAAUUAUAGAAGAGAAAGAGAAAGAAGAUGAAGUGAAGGAAACAGAGAAAAAAGAGGAAGUGAUGGAAGAGAAAGAGAAAGAAGAUGAAGUGAAGGAAACAGAGAAGGAAGAAGAAGUGAUGGAAGAGACAGAGAAAGAAGAAGUAAAGGAAACAGAGGAAGUAAAGCAGGAGACAGAAAAAGAGGAAAUUAAAGAGACAGAGAAACCAGAGGAAGCGAAGGAGGAGAUAGAGAAAGCAGACGAAGAGAAGGGAGAGACACCGAAGGAAAAUGAAGUAAUGGAGGGCAAAGAGAAGGAAGAGGAAAAAGACGAGGACACAGGAACAGGAGAUAAAGAGGAGGAAACAAUAACGGAGGACACAGACAAACAGAAACAAACAGAAGACUUACAGAAACAGGAACCAACAACAGAGAACUUGCUCAAACUGGACACAGACGAAGAGGAAGCACAAAAGGAAGCAACAGAAGAAAAACAACCAUUAACAGACACCACGAACCAGCAGAAGACUCCGGCAACAGACCAACAAACACCCGAGGACCCGCAGACCGUUACCACAACAGAUGCAGAUAAACAGGAGGAUCGAGUCGAGAAACAGGAAUUACCGGAAGUUCAAAGUGCCCCAACAGACGAAGAGAAACAAGAGGUAGUGGCAGACGAGACGCAGACACCGUUAACAGAUAAAGAAGAACACCCAACAGUAACAGCCCCAGUAACAGAAAAAGAACCAGAACAAGUAGCAGAAACAAAGCAGGAAGGUUCAACAGACAAAGAGGAACCAACGGAAAAGAAACAGGAAGACAAGGAGACCGCGGGAGCUGAGAAGAAAACGGAGCCGGAAGCAACUGAAACAAAUGACAAACAGGAUGCGCAGAAGGAAGACAAUCAAGGAAAACAGGAGGAAGGCAACGGUUCAGCGGAGGAACAGGACACAGCAGCGGGGGAGAAGAAAGGCGCAGCUACUGAAGGAGGCGCAGAAGGAGUAACAACAGGAGACGAUGCCUUGGCGUACGAGUCUCUGCAUUCAAAGAAGUCGAAGAGACGUUGUGUGGUUAUGUAAGAGAGAGAGAGAGAGAGAGAGAGAGAGAGAAUGUGUAUAUACGAAAUUUUUAGCAUUAUUACCGAUUCUUCUUAUUAGUGUUCUUUAUUAUCAUCGUCAUCAUCGGCCAGUAAUGUUCAGCUUCAGUAUGAAUUAAGAUUUUUAUGCAUUUCUGUCUUUGAGUGUUAAUAAAGAGCUUCAAUAUA